GAAAGUGACUUCACUGUCAUCUUUUAUUUGAUGACUCGUUUCCCUCCUUCCCUUCAUUUCUUGCAAAAUGAUAAAUUUCAUUUUCUGGGUCGGCCAAUUUUUCAUGUCACUUUAGCCUUUCAGGAUACAAUAUUUUAAACCGACAUCAUCAAUUUAACAUUGUUCUAACAAUUUGCGUGGCGGUGGCUACUAGCAUAUUCCAGCAUGAUGAAUCACUUUGUCUUUAUCAAGCUUCUUAACUCAAACAUGGGAUUCAAGUCACAGAACACUACCAAGCACCGUAAAUCACUUCAAUGUCAUGCUCUUUUGGUCAUACUUCGACACCUGCUAGAGGACUAAAUUCAUUCUCUUCCAAUUCGGCUUGCAUUUCUGAGACUGUAAAUGCUGGAAGAACAACAGCCUAUUCCUCUUUGCUCUCUAAUUUCAGCAGCGUUAGAUUCUCUAGACAGCUCAACUGUUUCGGAGGGUUAUUUCUGAGGAACUAUGAAGCCUUGAAUAACAUUUACAUGGCUCAUAGAGCUGUUAUCAGUUCAGUUGGUCGAGAUGAUCUUGCGGCAGAAACGAGUUUCCAUCGUAUGAAUGGCAUAAAUGGCUCAACUUCUAGCUUGGGUUACAGAAAUCUGAGAGUACUUGAUGCGUUUGAUGAUGUGUAUGAAGGGAUUGUAGUUGAUUCAGAUGGGUUACCAGACGACCCCAAUAACUUCGAAGCUAUUCUGCGUUUUUCUCUUUCUCAUUGGAAAAAGAUGGGAAAGAAGGGGAUUUGGCUUAGAUUGCCUUUAGAGAAAUCUGACCUAGUUCCAAUAGCUAUUAAGGAAGGCUUUGGAUACCACCAUGCAGAACCAGGAUAUGUGAUGUUAACAUACUGGAUUCCUGAAGGACCUUGCAUGCUUCCAUUCAAUGCAUCACAUCAUGUAGGAGUUGGGGGAUUUGUCAUCAAUCACAGAAAUGAGGUCCUUGUAGUCCAAGAGAAGUACUGUGCUCCUGCAAAUCGUGGUCUUUGGAAGAUACCAACGGGAUUUGUUCUACAGUCAGAGGAGAUAUACGAAGGAGCCGUAAGAGAAGUGAAGGAAGAAACUGGGAUUUGUACCGAGUUCAUUGAAGUCAUAGCAUUCAGACACGCACACAAGGUGGCAUUUGAGAAGUCAGAUUUGUUCUUCAUCUGCAUGUUAAGACCCCUGUCAGCUGAGAUCACUGUUGAUGAUCCUGAAAUUGAAGCGGCCAAGUGGAUGCCUCUGGUUGAGUUUGUAGAGCAACCACUUCUCCAAGAAGAUUCAAUGUUCAAGAAGAUCAUAAAUAUCUGUAUUGCUUGUGUUGAGAAACGUUACAGUGGACUAUCUGCACAUCACAUGGUUUCCAAAUUUGAUGGCAAGUCAUCUUCCCUGUACUAUAAUGUCAUCAACAUGGAAGAUAUCAACUGUCUCACUCAAAUCUAAAAACCAUGAGCAAGUGCUCUUUUAACGCAGCUAAUACACUAUACUACUAUAAUUCUUCUCAAAUUUGAGCAACAAGUUGAUACCUGAUAUAACCAUACACUAUAGAUGAUCAUACCCAAUUUGUUAAGUAAUGAAACUGAGAUUUUACAUA